UGCAGAGAGUCCGAGCGCCGCCGGUUACACUUGUGAGCGCCUUCAGGAAGCCACAGGGCAGGGGGAGUUCGUGCAGAGAAGCCGGGAGGGGGAGAGCGGCCGACCCAGCCACUGUGCCAGCCCAGUGACAUACAUAGAAGCCUAAAUCAGGCUGAUGAUGGUGCGUCCCGGCGCUCGCGCGUGUACAGGCACACCGGCUUGUCUGUGUGCGGUGUGGGCACCUGUCGUGUGAGUGGCUCCGGGCGUGGCUGCUCGUCGGACGUUUCAGUUUCUGUAAGAUUUAUCUCUAGGGCCUACCUUCCCCGGCUCCAGAGGGGAAAGUAAGAAGUUUAAGACAGCCGGGUCUGAGCAGAUUAAGGGGGUGGAACAACGGCAGGGCCGGAGAGGUUGGGAAACCACCUAUUUGCCCGUCUCCUAGGCAGAGAAGCUUUUUGGCAAGACUGGAGUGACAGGGGUGGCCCUGAAAUGUCUAGAGAGCCCGGGUAAUGAUGAUCACUGAGUGAGUGGCACUGGGCUGAGCCAGGGCGGUUUGACUGACAGAGAGGCAUGUUAGCAGUUAGGAAGGUAAGGAGGAAACUCAGGAUGGGGACCAUCUGCUCCCCCAACCCAAGCGGGACAAAGACAUCAUCGGAGGUCUGCAAUGCCGACUGGAUGGCCUCGCUCCCCCCUCACCUCCACAACGUCCCCCUUUCCAAUCUGGCAAUCCCAGGCUCCCACGAUUCAUUCAGCUACUGGGUAGAUGAAAAGUCCCCAGUAGGGCCUGACCAAACCCCAGCUAUCAAACGCCUUGCCAGGAUCUCCUUGGUGAAGAAGCUGAUGAAGAAAUGGUCUGUGACUCAGAACCUGACGUUCCGAGAACAGCUGGAAGCUGGGAUCCGCUACUUUGACCUGCGUGUGUCUUCCAAACCUGGGGAUGCUGACCAGGAAAUCUACUUUAUUCAUGGACUUUUUGGCAUUAAGGUCUGGGAUGGGCUGAUGGAGAUUGACUCAUUUCUUACCCAGCACCCCCAAGAGAUCAUCUUCCUGGAUUUCAACCACUUCUACGCUAUGGAUGAGGCUCAUCACAACCGCCUGAUUGUCCAGAUCCAGGAGGCCUUUGGAAACAAGCUGUGCUCGGCCUGCAGUGUGGAGAGCAUGACACUACAACACCUGUGGGAGAAGAAGGGCCAGGUUCUUAUUUUCUAUCACUGUCCCUUCUACAAGCAAUACCCGUUCCUGUGGCCUGGAAAGAAGAUCCCAGCGCCCUGGGCAAACACUACAAGUGUGCGCAAACUAAUCCUCUUCUUGGAAACCACGCUGAGUGAGCGGGCCCCGCGCGGCUCCUUCCACGUCUCCCAAGCGAUUCUUACCCCCAGGGUGAAUACCAUCGCCCGGGGCCUGGUUGGUGGCCUCAAGAACACUCUGGUUCAUAGGAAUCUUCCUGCCAUCCUGGACUGGGUGAAAACGCAGAAGCCUGGAACCACAGGUGUCAACAUCAUCACGUCCGACUUCGUGGACCUGGUGGACUUUGCCACGACUGUCAUUGAAUUGAAUGACCUCCUACAAGAGGAUAGAGCUUUGGCUAAAUGCUGAAUCAAUUUUUUAUUUAACUUAACGUUGAAUUUGGUGAUGCGGGCUAGAGUUCUGAAGGGUUUCCUGUUAGGAUGGCCCCUGGGCAGUGCCGGUGAAGGAAAUGGAGGAGAGCCCUUUCAUCCCACCUCACAAAGCCAUUUGGAUAAAAUUACAGAGCUUUUCACUGCAUUGUUUUCCCAAAUGAGACAUUUUUAAAACUCAAGUCCAAGGGAAAAAAACAUGUUUCAUGUGAUAAGGUCAGGAUCUCCCCAGUGGCUUAUGAUGUUAAAGGAAAUGGGGUCUCCACUGGGGUAUUGGGUGUCCCCCAGCCUGCUCAGUUCCUUGUAGUCUCCCAAGAGGUUGUGUUUGAGCCAGUGAUAAGAACCAGAAUCUUCCUGGUCAAAACAAUGGCUUAUGCAGGUGUGGACUGCUCUGCGUGGUGCCUCUAAUAUCAACCCAGGGCUUUGAGGGGAGAAAGGGCCAAGUAUGGCAUGCUGAAUGUCACCACUUCUUCCCUGAGAGAGUAAGACUUAUUUAUCACCAAGGUUUUUCAGCCAUAGGCUGUUCUUGCAUAGCUUGUACUUGGUCACCAGUCACCUUUAGUCUUUAGAUAAACAGUGCAUACUGCCUUUGGUAUCAGAAAUGCAUUGCCCAGUUCUUAAGCAUUGAUUCCUUUCUGUUUCUUUUGGCCCCUUCUUAAAAGUGAAAGGAACAAUGAUGGGGGAUCUUUUCACUGUGGGGCCCAACAAAAGAUAGACAUGCAUGUUUGCUGCAUGCCAGAUUUCUUGGAUUUAACUUUAUAGCUUUCCCCAAAAUGUUUGCAGGUUAAGUGCCUGCACCAUUUUGGCAAAGUCCUCUUUGGAGUGGGAUCUUCUAGCCAGAUCUUGGAAUUGCAUUUUGUUGUUGUCUGCCUAGAACUUGGGUCUAUGCUGCGGGACACAACACUGAUGGAAAGCACCUUGUUUGUGACACCAUGGAGGCAGACACAGGAUGCAUGGGAACGUGCAAUGGAUUGGAGGAGGAAGCUCCAAGUGGGUCUGGAGCUGCUCUGUAACUGCUUGAAAACAAGACUACCUCGGGGACAGUUAGGAUGACUUGUGUGUCAUCAAGUGAGAAAUACCCAGUGUUGGAGCAUUUCUAGUUCAUGUCUUGAUUGUUCUGUUUUCUGCAGGUGUUCUGAGCCUACCAAUCACCACUGUAUGAGGGCUUUGAAACUCAAGAGGGAAUUUUUUUUUUAUUGAUAAGAGGUGCUUACCUAUAAAGAGCCCUCUUGUGUUUUACUUAUUUAUAUAUUUAUUCACAUAUUUAUUUAUGGGUUAAUUAUCUUUAGUGCUUCUUACCUCAAGAGCACUUACAAAGGAGCUUCCUGAACUUUUCUCACCCAGGCCUGAUGCUGCCGUGGUCUUCCCCCCUCAGUCAGGACCAUGCAUCUCAGGACUGAGUGACCUCUGACUCUACUGUAGCUGUUCUGGCUCCUGCAGUCAUGCCGGAGGCAGCGUUCAUGUGUCCACUAAGAUCUGAGAAGCUGCCACCAAGCCAUGUACUGGAACAGAAGAUCAAAUGGGUCGUGAAGAGCUCUCAGUUCUUGAGGAAGACCCUCCAGAAGACAGUUGAAAAGGAAGGAGCCAGAAAGAAAACUGGACAUGGGGGUGCAUGCACUCUGAUGCUCCCUAGAGCUGCCUGAGAGUCCCUAAGGAAAUGUCAGCUUCUGUAUUCUUAAGAAACAAAGAUAAACAUGGACUCUUGGAUGGGUGUGUGCAUGUAUAAGAUCACUGGACCCCCCCCCCCAAGCCGCUUCUCAUUUCUACUCUGCAAUAGUCAUAGUUGGAUUUUACAUUUUGCCUGCAGUAGGGUUGGGGGAAAGCAAUUCUAGGUGAGUUGCUAAAAGCACACACUCCUGGCUCUUGGUCUUCCAGCCUUUACUCUCUGUAAAGUCAUUUAAGCCCUGAACUUUAUCUUCCACAGUUUGAGGAGGUCACAACCCAAAUGCCUCUGGGAAAAUGCAGUUUAACUUUUCCUUUUCUUGCAUUUGAACCAUUCUCCAAAAAGGAUUUUGGGGAUUUUAUUUUCAAAUUCUUCAGGGCCUUCUCUGGAAAGGAGUAAGAAAGUAAGGGUCCAAACUUUCUCAAUUUUCCUUCAAUUCUGGUAUUCCAGUGGCAAGCUCCGAAAUCCCUGGCCUGCCUACCCUCAGGGUUUUAGCUGUGCUGUUUUUGUUUCAUUUUGGUCUUGUUUUAAACUCUUGGUCAAUUGCUAGAGACUAGGUCAUUUCCCGUCUUUUAACCCUUUGUUACUUGGCAAAGAGAUAAGGAGGCAAGAGGAGAAUUAUUCUGCUCUGUUUUAUUUCGGCCUCAGCUUUGUCCAGGUGCUUGGUGCUAUGAGGCCAGGUGUGGGCAGGUAUCACACAGGAUGCCAGCAACACCCAAGGGCUGCUGACUGUUCUGUGAAAUGUUUACUUGAUUUUCUCCUUUAGUUUUUCAAAAUAUAUAGUUGCACUCCACUUGAGUUGGAACAUUUUAAGUGUGCCUCCAUGUCUGCAUGAUAAGAGGAAAGUCACCAAGCAUGACACAAAGCACAGAAAAUGGUACUAAGGUCAUGUGCAUGGAGUCCUGCUCUGCAUGGCGAGUGCAGGCACUCACUCCUUCAUGUGCUCCAGGUUCCCAGCCCAGCUUGCAGUUUGAAAUUCUGAACGGUGUUCUCAGUGGUAAGCAGAGGAUUGAUUAUUUACUAUUCACCCUUGAAUUGGCAGACUCUCUGUACCAAGAAAGAGUUCUUCACCAUACUGUACAUGUGUGCAUUCUGUUCUUUGAUCUAAGGUCAAGCAUAAGACUCAGUGAUGGGACAAGCUUUUAUGUCUACGACUCAUUCUGCAACUGCCAACAAUAAAAAUGGCAAUCCAGCUACAUCUGUUAUUUGCACAAUGUCUGGGGACCUUAGAGAUCAAACAAGGCAAUCACACUUGUUCAGAACUAACUUCAAGAUUGACUAAAAUGCUACCUGAUUGAGCCAAAGAGAGCUUUAGUUUCAUAGGAUUCGGGCCACAGUCAUUCUGAAAUGUAGGCUGUUUUUCAUAAGCUCCCUGGAACCAUUUACCACAUGGCCACAUUUCCAUGGCCUUGUGGCAAAGGGGACCAUUACGGAUUACAGGUAAGAGCAGUAUUUAAAGGCUUGAACUUGGAGCCUAUUAGAGGUACAACUGUGGGUUCAUGGGUAUAGAAACUAUUCUUAGAAUUGGAAAGAAAGGUCAAGAUGGAAUUGAUAGAAAGGAAUGACAAAUUAUUUAUGAUUAAAUUCUAAAUUAAUGGCAGAGUUAAGAGGGUCAUGCCCCCAAAAUAUUACUUAUUUGCCAUAUGAGUCUCUCUAGUAAUUACAUUUAGUUAUUUUCCUUAGUGCUGAGUCUGGACCCCUAAAUUCUUGAGGACAGUUAAACAUAGUCCAAACCCAAUGUCCGACAUAAACUUGAAGAAAAGCACAAAAUCUGAGCACAGGUUAUGAUCUAUUGUAAUCUUUUUUCUUCUUUCAUGACCUCAUCUUCACACCACAAAAUUUGUUUCUAUUCAAGAAGGCAAUGUAGUGCAGCAUUUCAGAAUUAAAUACAGUUUUUCAGUGUGUCGUCAUUUUCUAUUUCUGUUUUUCUGAAUCUUACCACCAGAAAGUGCUCCCCAAAGACACAUUAUUAUAACCCAGCUAGAAGGCUCAGUGCUCAAAGUGGACAAACGGAAGAAAUUCAAACUGAAAUGAAACUGCCUUUUUUCCUGAAAACAAAAUAACUACACAAAGGCAGACCGUCUUACAGAAUUUGUUCACGCCACAAUUUAAGUGUUUGUAAUGUUCUUGAUUGGCUGACUACAGAUUUUUAUUGCUAGCCUCUGGGAAACAGACCUGGCUUGUGAGUGGGUCUCAACAAUGUGGCUGAGCAAGUAAGUCACCCUGUGCUGUAUUUGCUUUGGUUCUUUCACCUGGAAUAAAGAUACUCUUUGCUAUUUUCAUUCUGAUUUGCAAACCUUGGUCAGCGAACUCGCCAAAACAGCAGGUCCCUGAUGAUUAGGUUAAAUGCCUUGUACUCAGAGGGUGUACAGUUAUGGUGGUUCUUCCUUGAGUGGAUGUGUAGAGAAAUGCUACUUGGGCUCAUUUCUCAAUAGUGUGGACAGAACUUGUCCAACAGUGGUGCCUUUAGUAAUCCACAUCUGCCGACAUGGGCAAGAGCUCCUGAGAGGUGGGCCUUCCCAAAUACAUGCUAAAUAGUCAUUUUAUGCCAAAAGGAAACAGAUAGAUAGAAGUUGAUAACAUCAGUGUCCACUGAAAGGAUGUUUAUUUUGUAUGGCAUAAAACAUGGCUUUCACCUUAUAUUCCAUGAACUUUCCAGUACAUCGUGGCCCUCUGCUUCAGACUGCUUACUAGCAUUUGCCAUGUAGCAUUGUCACUCACAAAUGUUCCCUUGGGACACACAGGAGUGAACUGGUUGGGUGAUAAGUCAUUUAGCUGAAAAGUUUACCCUUAAUUCCAAAUGAUACUGAACAGCUCUUUACUGUCCCAAGAGAACCACUAUAACCUCAUCCUCCUGCUCCCCUGGCUUCCUACCAGAAAUAACAACACUAAUGGCAUUUUAUCCCAGAAUCAGCCCUAACCCGGAAGAAUACAGUACAAAAUGCUGUUGAUGCUGAUGAAAUAGCACAGUCUUAGACACUAUAAAAAUAUUCUAAGAUAACUCUAUCCUGCAGUAGGUAUAGUAUUCUAGUCUUUUCUCCAACAAAACUUGUUCUUAGGACAUUUCAAAUGUAGUUCUAAGCCACAUAGUUUGGAUAAAAUACUUUUCUUCUCCUUGUUAGAAUUCAAUCCCACAGCAUAUUGAGGCAACCUACUCAAUAGUCUAGAGGCAUUUUCCAUCUCAUUCCUUUUCAUCUCCUUCAUAGAACACCAUUUUCUCUCUUUGUCUCCUGGCCAUCCUCUCUCAUCUGCUGAUUACUAAUAAGCAUAAGAGAUAGCAAAACUUGCAAUGAAAGGCAAUAUAUUCAGUAAUGUCCAAACACACUCUUAACCAUGGUGGUUAUUGCUUCUUACUCGUCAAUGCAUUAUGGCACCCCUCCCCCUCCUACCCAAACACUAGAACUGUACCUGGCAGGAGCCCGGAACUUACUGCCAGUAUACAUUCAAAGAGCAGGGUCUUGCUAACAAGCUUUGAGCUCAGUAAGAAGCACAGCACUUUGAAAAGUCAAAUAGUCCUGUGACAGCUUUGUAGAUUUGCAAUUUUACAUUUGUCAUUUGUUCAUAAAGCCAAUAAGGUUCAUGAAUCUACGGUAUCAGUAUGAUGACUCCAGAGGCAGUGGUACCUUGCUGGUGUUGCACUUACUAAUUUACACUCAAUACUAAUAAGCAUUAAUUACAUGCAGGUUGUGUAUGCAUUAUUUGAAUUGUGUAUCUGCCAACUGUAAUACUUAAAUUCACUGAUCAGCAAUUAGAAAAUACAGAAAUUGUCAUAGUGAAAAUAACACUUGAUCAAUUCAGUUAGUCAGUGAAUCUGAUAGAUGCUCUAUUAGAUAUUAUGCUUUGUCCUCUAUGCUUGUUUAAUAUUACAGUGCAUGCUUUUUGCUAAAUUGAGUAAACUAAUAAUAAUAAAUUAUACCAAUUUUAAGGUUAGAAUUAAAAUUUUUCAUAUAUACUGCGUAGUACUCUGAAAUGUAUUUUGUGGCUUAAUUAUCUUAUUCAUAUACAUUCACUUGGCUUCUUCCCCCUUCAGAAAUAAUUGUUCAGAUAUCUCUCUCACCUUCCUUCUUGUAACCUGGAUUAAACUGCUUAAUUCAAUGUAAACAUUGUAAGGCCAGAUUACCUCAUUUUAACCAUGAAAACAGUUUAAUAGAUAUGACGACAUGAUGUCUUCUCUUGUAUUUGAUUUGAACUACCUAAACUAACUUACAAAGAAUAAUAAAUAUGAAACUUU